GACACGGUGUUGUGUCCUCAACCCUUCCCUUCGUGUUCUUCCCUUGGUCUAACUAUUACACGUGUCAUCCCUUCACACGUGCCACAUGGCAGGCACCUAUUGGUAAAUCGAUAUUAAUCUUUGAUCUCAAAAGCAGUUGAUUUCUCACUCGCCUAGUCCGUAUGCUUUCAUUCAUUAUCGGAAAUACAAAUUUCGUUUUCACUUGACUUAGGUGCUAGUUAGCCAGUGGCGUAGAAUCGUGUUCUGUCUCUGCUAACGUAAGCCUGUCUCUGUCUUUUUUAGUUUCCCUCCGAUCCCUUGCUCCAUCUUGAAGACACACCCCAUUCGUGAUAGAAGCUCCGUAUAUUUUUCGUCGAUGUUGAAGAUCAAAGGUCAGCAUUUAUUUUAUCAUGGCUAUGGGAUUAAAGGUUUGGUUUUUGUUCAAGUAAAUUAGGAUUGGAGAACGUUCUCAAGAGCUAAAACAUGGGCUUCUCUGCUGCUCUUCGCCCCAGUCUUCCAGCUACCUCUCCUCUCCAUUGCCCCAAGUUAUCAUCGGUGAGGCGUGAUUGUAAACAGAAAACACUACCUUUUUUGGCAGUGACGAAAAGGAAAGGUCAUUCUAUGCGGAUUGUAAAAUCUAUCUUAAAUAACAGCAAGUCAAGCAUUAAUGACAAUGGUGCAACUGAACCUGCAAGAAUUCUUCUUGAGAGAUUGUUUGCACAGACCCAGAAACUUGAACAAGGAAUGAGCAGAGAUGGUCAACCGCUUAAGGAUUUUCACUUGGUUCUUAGCCUUGAGACGCUGGAGUCUGAUCUACAGGCUGCUUUGACAGCCUUAAAGAAAAAGGAAGAUGAUCUGCAGGAUGCGGAAAGAACGGUUGUAUUGGAGCAAAGUCAAUUGAGCCGUGCAAAGGAUGAGUUGGAGCAACGGGAGAAAGAAAUUGCUGCUGCAUCUUCAAAGCAUGAAAAACUGGAAGAGGAGCUAAAGCAGGCAAAUCUUGCAUUCGCUUCUCAAGCCAGUCAGAUAGAAUAUUUGAAGCUUCAGCUCAAAGAACGAGACCAGGAGAUUGCUACUGCACAAUUUGCAUUGUCUACAAAAGAAGAUGAAAUGGAUAAAAUGAGAAAUGAAUUGGUGAAGAAGAGUGAGGAAGCUGCCAAGAUUGAAUCUGAACUUAAAUCUAAGUCUCAGCUCCUGAAUGAAGCCAAUGAGGUUAUGAAGAAGCAAGAAAUUGAGCUUCAAGGACUCCAAGAUGCAAUUCGAGAGAAAGAAGAGCAGUUAGAAACUUCUUUGACUCUUAGGAAACUUGAAGAGGAGAAACUGAAAGCUGCUGGGGCUAAAUUACAGCAGCGGACAAUGGAGUGGUUAUUAGCUCAAGAAGAACUGAAAAAACUGGCAGAAGAAGCAUCUAGACACACGGGAGAAGCUAGUGAAACCUUCAAUGAUUUCAGAAAAGUGAAGCAACUACUUUCUGAUGUGAGGUCUGAGUUGGUUUCUUCUCAGAAAUCGCUGGCAUCAUCCAGACAACAAAUGGAACAACAAGAGCAGUUAUUGAAAAAGCAACUGGAAGAGCUUGAAGAGCAGAAGAAAAGUGUUGCAUCAUACAUGGGAAGUUUGAAAAAUGCCCAGAUAGAAGUUGAGAGUGAGAGAGUGAAGCUUAGAGUUGUGGAAGCUCGAAACAAGGAGCUUGAACGGGAUUUAUCUAUGGAGAGGGAACUGAUAGAAGAGUUACAGCAGGAGUUGAAGAAAGAGAAAUCUUCACUUAAGCAGGCUAUUGAGGAUGCCUCUUUUCUUAGACAGAAGGUAGAGCAGAAGAAUGCUGAGUUUGGUGAAAUGAGCAAUGUUCUGCAAAUUAAAGAAGCAGAUUUGGUGGAGGCUAAGCUUGAAAUCCAGCAUCUGAAAUCUGAGCAGGCUGCUCUUCAGCUUAUCUCGGAGGAGAAAGACCUCGAACUCUCCAAGGCCAGGAAGAAGUUAGAGCAAGUAAAUCAGGAGAUUGCAGAGCUGAAGAUGCUUCUGAGCAGUAGAGAAAAUCAGCUAAUUCAAGCGACUGCUUUAUUGAAGGAAAAAGAUGAACAUGUUCAGAGAGUACAAGAUGAACUGAAUGACACAAAGAUGAAAUUCUCUGAAGCUGAAACUGUGAUAGAACGAAUAGUAGAACUCACUAACAGAUUAGUUAUCUCUGUUAAAGAUGAAGACAAUAAUGUAUUGAGGCCUGUUGAUGAAGUGGGCCAUGAAUUAAUGCAUCAGCUGGUAGAUAGGCCUUCUAAUGAUUUCAGAUUGCAGAAAAAACAGCUUGAAACGGAACUCAAAUUCACCAAAGAGAGCUUAAAAGUUAAGGAAAUGGAAGUUCUUGCUGCACAGAGGGCUCUCACAAUUAAAGAUGAGGAGCUCAAAAUGGUUCUUGAGAGGUUGGAGGCCAGGGAAAAAGAACUACAAAGGCUAAAGGAAGAAAUGGUUGAAGAUGCCAAUGAUCUGAGGAAGCUUUAUGCUUUGGCACAAGAGAGAAUUGGGGAGAAAAGUGUUGGUGACUUGGCUAUUGAGAAGCUUCAACUUGAGGCAGCUCAACUGGAAGUUGAAGCUGCCACCAGCGCCCUUCAAAAACUAGCAGAAAUGAGCUGGGAACUCUUGAAUAAAGCUAGCAUGAGUGUUGAGGCUGACUCUGAUACCAGUAUCUUCCUGCAAAGUAGUUCUAAUCCUAUGAUUAACAUGAUUGAAAACAAUGAAUGCUUCACCGAGGUUAAAACAGGAGUAGCCAGGCUUUCAGCUUUGACAGAGCAGCUGGUGAAAGAUGCCGGAAUUGUUGGUUCACACCUGCAAAGUUGAGCUGCUGACUGGAUUGUGUAUAUAGAUAGCUGACCUUUUUUAGCUUUCAGUUAUAUGGCGGGAUUAGGAGGUGUCCUGUUCAUCUAUGCAAAAUUUUGGGUCGUAGGUUAGAUACCCGCAUGUUCUACCAUUAAUUAUGUUCUCAAUGCUCAUGCAUAUGCAAAACCUAUAUAUUCUUUGUUGUAUGCUGAGUGAAACUAUAAUAAUGUUGCUUUAUGAGUGUCUUUUGAGCAAAUCGUAGUGAAUAUUGGUUUUGAGCUGUUGAAUAGACCUAUACAAUCUUUUGAGCCAACCUCUCUCUAAGCG